AUGGCUUCCACAACAUCAGCCGGUCCGCCGUAUCCAGAUCUUUUUCGGGAAGAUGGCACCUGUGCCUCUUCGAGAGCAUAUGAAGACAACUUCAAGCACAAUUUGAUGUUGCAACAAUGGACUGGCGCUUCUACAUUUAAAUUUCCAACAAGGUACGCCCAAACACGAUUUCGUACACUACAAGCAAAGUAUUUUGUGGACUUCCCAUGGCUGCGAUAUUCUUUAUCGACGGAUGGUGUCUAUUGCGCCCAAUGCCACUUAUUUUCCGGCCCUGAUUCACGCGUGAAAACCCUUGUUAGCUCGGUUCUCCGUGACUGGAGCAAUAUCGCAAAAAUUGUUGCUAAUCAUGCUAAGUCUGAGGCACAUUUGGCGAACUGUGAUUUUGCUGAUACUUUCUUGUCCGUCAUGAAUGGCAAUCAACCAGACAUGAUGCGAAAACUGUCAUCACAAUACAACACUCUAGUUAAAAAGAACAGACAGAUAAUGAUAAGCAUCACUGAAGCAAUUAUCUUCUGUGCAAAGCAGAACAUUGCACUCAGGGGGCACGAUGAUGAUGGGGGAAACUUCAAAGCUUUAUUGAGCUUUCAAGCUAAACAUGAUAGAGUCUUGAAAGAUCAUCUUACAAAUGGAGAUCCCCGGUCCAUGUACCUGAGUCCGGAUAUUCAAAACGAACUUAUUGGGCUUUGCGGUAAAUAG